UCCCUGCGACUAAUAUUAAUAUUAAUUGCAUUGUGUUGAUAAUGUUUCUUCGUUAGAAUCAAGUUACCCACUUCAUUAUUUUGAAUGUUUCUUCGUUAGAAUCUGAGAUCGCCUGGCAUAGUUCUAGUCACGCCUUGGCAGUUCGUUUUGGAGGCUGUAUGCGAAUACGCCGCAUAAACCCUAAAGAAGAAGCAGCUCUUUUCCUUGUUCCCGCCCUAAGACAGCAGCAGCUGGUUGCAGAGCAGACAUGAACAGGGAUUUUGUAUUCGAAGACGAGGGUUCAGAACCCUUUGUUCUUCCUCCAAAGUCCCAAUCGCCAUGGGAGUUCGGAAGCUAUUCUGAAACUGUUGCGAAUGAGCAUGCCAGAAGAAACACCACUUCAAUUGACCAUAAGAUCUCUCAGCUCCGUUCUCGUUUCUAUAAACCUCUUGAAAAUGAAGAAAAAUAUGUAGACGAAGACGCAGAAGAGAAGGAAGAGGAAGAAGAAGAAGAAGGAGGAGGAAAACCAUCAAGAAAUGACCCUGCAAUGGCCCAAGAAGAUGUAAAAGACGUGAAGGUGACGAAAACAGGUGAUUGGGAGGGCGAAAAUGAUGACGACGAUGACGAUGACGAGGAGAGCUCGGACAUCGAGAGUUUGGAUGAUAAACCCGCCAUUCGUUCAAAACCCCCUGCAAAAAUCCACAAGGAUAAUAUUGAAACUAAAGCUGCAGAACCUGGAAGUCAUAAGAAAGGCUCUAAUGGAUUUUUUGCAUCGUCAGAAGGGGCUUCUUUCAGUGCAAAUUCAUUUGUUGAAUUAAAUCUUUCACGUCCAUUAUUGAGGGCAUGUGAAAGUUUAGGCUAUCAAAAGCCCACUCCAAUUCAGGCAGCAUGUAUACCUCUAGCAUUAACUGGGCGUGAUAUAUGUGGCAGUGCAAUUACAGGGUCUGGAAAGACAGCUGCAUUUGGCUUACCAAUGUUGGAGAGAUUGCUUUUUCGGCCAAAGCGUAUUCCAGCCAUAAGGGUUCUUAUUCUUACUCCGACAAGAGAAUUGGCUGUUCAGGUUCACAGUAUGCUAGAGAAGCUUGCACAGUUCACCGACAUUCGAUGUUGCCUUGUUGUUGGGGGUCUCUCAGCUAAUGUGCAGGAAGCAGCAUUAAGGUCACGACCUGAUAUUGUUGUAGCUACUCCUGGGCGGAUGAUAGAUCAUUUAUACAAUGCACAGUCUGUGGGAUUGGAAGAACUUGCAGUCUUAAUUCUCGAUGAGGCAGAUCGUCUUCUUGAGCUUGGAUUUAGCAAUGAAGUUCAAGAGCUGGUUAAACUUUGCCCAAGAAGAAGACAAACAAUGCUAUUCUCGGCUACAAUGACAGAGGAAGUGGAUGAACUUAUCAAGCUUUCACUUAAUUCUCCUGUGCGCCUUUCAGCAGAUCCAUUCACAAAGCGACCCUCUACGCUGGUUGAAGAGGUAAUCAAAAUUCGACAAAAUCAUGAAGCAACACAGGAAGCGAUCUUGCUUGCAUUGUGUUCAAGGAAUUUUACCAACAAAGUUAUUGUCUUCAGUGGCACUAAGCAAGCAGCCCAUCGAUUGAAAAUUUUAUUUGGAUUGUCUGGCUUGAAAGCUGCAGAGCUGCAUGGGAAUCUCACUCAGGCACAGAGGCUUGAUGCUUUGGAACUAUUCAGGAAGCAAGAAGUUGAUUUUCUUAUUGCAACUGAUGUUGCAGCUCGAGGCUUGGAUAUAAUUGGUGUCGAGACAGUUAUUAACUUUGCCUGCCCUCGUGAUAUUAAAAGCUAUGUUCAUAGAGUUGGUCGAACAGCAAGAGCUGGUAGAAAAGGUUAUGCCAUCACAUUUGUGACUGAACGGGAUCGCAGACUGCUUAAGGACAUGGCAAAAAGGACUGAUUCUAGGCUCCUCAGCAGGGUGGUUGCAGCACAGUCCAUUGACAAGUGGUCCAAGACUAUUGAAGAAAUGGAAGAGCAUGUGGCUGUGAUCAUUCAAGAAGAAAGGGAAGAGAGAGCACUUAGGAAAGCAGAGAUGGAAGCUAAUAAGGCACAAAACAUGAUGGAACAUAAGGAUGAAAUCCAUUCACGUCCUAAAAGAACAUGGUUUGAAUCAGAAAGGGACAAGAAACUUCUUGCAAAAGCAUCCAAGCAGGCUUCAAAUAAUGAAGAACCCUCUGCUGGUAAAAUUGUAACUAGUCUGGAAGAGGCGGAUGAGAUGAAAAGGAAAGAAAAGCAACGAAUUGAACGUGAGAAAAAUCUACCACGAAAAAAACGUCGGAAAUUAGAAGCUGCCCGUACUAUGCUAGAAGAAGAUGAUGCAAAUAAUUCCGAAGAAGAACAGGGGACUAAGAAAGGUAGUGGAAAGAAGGCUGGAAUGUCUGUAGUUGAAUUGGCAUAUAGGCGAGCAAAAGCUUUUAAGGCUGUUGACAAGGCACGGGAAGCUGGUAAAUUCAUCAAGAAAGAUCCUUCUAUGAAGAAGAAACCUCGGAGGGACAAAGGGAGGAAAGGAGAGAUGGAAGAACUCUUUCAAAAUGACAUGAGCACCAAAAAACAAACACAUACUACCUCAGGUGGCUUGCAAUUAGAUGGAGGGAAAAAGAAGUCAAAGAAGGCAUUCAAAAGCAAGUCAAGGUACAAGCGGCGAAAAUAGACAUCAGAAGACUGGAGUGGACAUGCACGUCCCCAAUUUUGUAACAUCACUUGCUCAUGUAGUAGCUUCAAAUAUUUUUCUACACCUUUAGCAGCAUGUAUUUGGAGCUUGUAAUUUUUCCAGCUUUGCAAUUACUUACGGUGGUUGGCUUGUGGUACUUUCCUCACAAUCUAGUGGCUUGAAAAAGAACACAUGCAAUAGAGACUGUUGCAUUUCAUGCUACUGAGGAGUGAAAAGUUUAUAAUAUCCGCAUGAUCAUACUCCAUUUAUUACUUGUAGUUAUUAGUCAUUCUACUGUGAAGACACGUUUGUCACUUGUGUAUGGUCAUGGUUCAACCAUUCUUCCAUCUUAUAUGGUUCAAUGCUGUUGGAAUAUAUUUGAGCUUCACCUUGAUUUGGAAGCCCAUCACAUAAUUAUACAUUGGGUUUGUUUCUUGCGGGAAAUCCUUAAACCUAGUAGGCCAGGAAGCAUCCAUUUCCUGGAAGUUGUAAAAUCACAACUUUUUGUAUGUUCACCAGAAAUUUUGUAAUAAUUAGCAAAUUUUGAUAAUUUUGAGUGUAUCAAUAGAGAACUGUACGAGCUUGUGGAAUU